AUGUAAAUUGCUAACGACGAGUAUAUCAUUCCAAAUCUCCUUCAAGGUAUUGAUAUUAGAAAUAAUGUAUUUAAUUUGUUUAUAUUAAGGAAAUCUAAACACUCUCCUAAACCUUAGAUAGAUUACAUUUUAUUAAAGGUUUACAUGAAGAAGAUAAUUUAAGAUUGAGAGCUAUAAUAACUGAUAUGUAAUAUAAUUUUGAAGCAGUUGUGACAUAAAAGUAUAUUAUUUGAAUUAAAUAUAAGAAAUAUUGAAAUUUCAAGAUUAAAUGGAAGAGUGAAAUAUUUAGAAGAAGAACUUUAUCAUUUGAAUAGAUUACCUCAAAAUAAAUAUCAAAUUUCUAAUAAAGAUGAAUUUGAUCCUUCUAAACUUAGAGAAUUGGAGAGAACUAUAAAAUUAAAGGAUUAAUAAAUUCAAGACAUUACAAAUGAACUUUAAUAGCUUAAAGCAUAAAUUGCUAAUAGAAUAUAAGAAGCAAUUAUUUAAGAAAGAAAAAAGGUUUAAAAUGAAUAGAAAGAAAUGAAUUUACCAGUUUUAGUUGAAAAUGAUAAUUUAAAAAAAGCAAAUUCAGAUUUGAAUCGUUAAGUUAAAAAUAUGCAAGAUGAAUUAAAUAAAUUAAAAUCUGAAUUAAAUGAUGCAAAUACUGAAUUAACUAAAAAAGAAAGAAAAUUAAGAGAAUAUCUAUUAAUUGAUUAAAUGCGUGCAGAAAAAGAUGAAGAAAUGAAAUAAAAAUCAUAACCUGUAUAUGUUAAAAUUUCAGAAGAUAAAAAUUUAUUAGAUGGAAUACUUGCUUUAAUGCAUUAUAUGAGAGAAUCUGUAACAGAUAUCAUAUUUGAAAUUUUUGUUAGAUCUGCUAAUCAAGCAUUUAAUAGAAAAUAAAGUUCCACUAUCUUAUUUUCAGUAAAUGCAAAAGAAUUAAAAAAUAGAAAUGUAAGAGGAUUUCUUAUUGUUUUAUAUUUAUAUCGAAAGUAAAUCAUAUAAUUAAUAUUAGAAUGAAAUAAUUUAUUAAAAUAUAUUUUCCUUAUUAUGGUAAAUUGAUAUUAAAUGAUCAUAUGGCAAGAAUAGCACUUGGAGAAGAUUAAUAUAAUUUAUCUGAGAGAAGAGAUAGUACAAAUUAAUGGUUAGAGGAAUGUUUGGCUAAAUUAUCAACUUAAAAACUAAAAAGUGAUAAAAAUAAUGAAGAGGAUGCUGAAUAUCAACAUUUAUUUAGACUACUAUCAUUAAGAUAUAGAUGUAAAUAUCCUAUGAAAGGAAAUGAAGAAAUGAGAGUUGAUUUAGAUAUAAGAGUAAGAUUAGAAAACAAAAUAUGCACUUCACUAUUAAAAAUAUUUAUUGAUUGA